GAGGCUUUGCCGCCAAGGAUCGACAAUCCAAAGUCGCAGUUUGAGAAGAUGCAGAGUCUUCGCAUCGAGCUGCUUUAUGCCUUAGCCCGGCGUGGGAACAAGGUGCAGCUCCAGGAGCUAGGCCAGGAGCCGCGCGUGCAGCGCGUGAAGCAGUCUUUGCACCAGGCAAAGAAGCUCAUCGAGUUCAUCCGGAUGUUUCCAUCCAACUUCAAGGUGACGGCAGAUGAUUCCCAGAUGCUGAUCGAGGUCACGUCGACCAGCGUGUCGGACCAGUCCAUGAUCGACCGGGCCAUACAGCGGUUGAACCAGGACCGGGAAGGCGACAGAAGGGGUGGCAAGGGCGGCCGCGACGGCGGCCGGGGAGAUCGACGAGAUAGCGGCUCUGCCAGAGAUAGAGGCCGAGCUCGCAGUCGGAGCCCGCGGAGAGCGCCGCCCUCCCACGGCUACGGGCCCCCGCCCGCAGGGUAUGCUCCGCCCCCGGGCUAUGGCCCGCUACCGGGCUAUCCCCCAGCCUACGGCUAUCCGCCCCCUGUGGUGUACAGCCCGCCCCCGGCUCCACAACCAGGCUAUGCCCCUCCGCCGCAGUAUGAGUAUCCGCCGCAGUAUGCCCAGCCGCCGCCGCAGGCACCGCCACCCCAGUAUGCCCAACCACCGCCGGGGGGCGCUUAUGCACCGCCUCCAGCCUACGGCUACCCACCGGGCUACCCUCCUCCGGCGAGCUACCCACCGGGGCCUCCUCCCGCGGGCUAUCCGCCACCAGCGGGAUACCCGGCUCCGCCGCCGCCCAUGUGA